AUGCUACCAGGUGGCGGCUGGGGGUGCAAGCAGCGGUGGAGCAGUGGCGCCAUCGACUACUCGGUGCACAAGGUGCGGAAUGAGGCCACCAACGUCUACCUGCUGGUGGUGCUGGCCAGCCCCGCUCUCCUGGUCUACGUGCGGCAGAACAAGCGGAGGAUCAUGUGCAUCUUCACCCUGCCCCCCGCCGCCGAGACACCGCCCGAACCCAACUUCUACGACAGCGUGAAGAAGAUCCAGCUGCAGCAGCAGCUGGAGAUGUACUCCAUCGCAAGGAAGUAUGAACAGGCAGACAAGGCUGCCAAAAUUGAUAUAGCUCGGGUAGACCUGGACUGGGAAUGUAAGGCUGUCCCCAGCUUCUCCCCAUCCGCCGGCCCUGGCGCUCUCGAGGCGCUGCCGCUCACCAGCCUCCCCCGGCCUCACUGUCCGAGCCGGCGGGGACCCGGCAACAGCAGCCACGAGCAGCGCCAGUAG